AUGGCUCAGGAGGACGUCUACCACCUGGACGAUGCCGGCCUGGUGCUGGGCCUGUCCCUCGGCGGCGGCGGCGGCGCCUCUGAUGCGGCGCGCCACGGUACCGGCAUCCGGCUGAGCAUGGAGACGCGGCUGCCGUCGCCGUGCCCGCUGGAGCCGUCGCUGACGCUGAGCAUGCCGGACGAAGCGACCGCGACCGCCACCGCGACCGGGUCCGGCGGCGGCGGUGGCGGCGGCAGGACCGCGCACAGCGUGUCGUCGCUGUCAGUGGCGGGCGUGAAGAGGGAGCGCGUGGACGACGCCGAGGGCGAGCGGGCGUCGUCGACGGGCGCGGCGGCGGCGCGGGCCGGCGCCGAGGACGACGACGACGGGAGCACGCGGAAGAAGCUGAGGCUGACCAAGGAGCAGUCCGCGCUCCUGGAGGACCGCUUCAAGGAGCACAGCACCCUCAACCCGAAGCAGAAAGUCGCGUUGGCGAAGCAACUCAACCUGAGGCCACGCCAGGUGGAGGUGUGGUUCCAAAACAGGCGAGCAAGGACGAAGCUGAGGCAGACGGAGGUGGACUGCGAGCUCCUCAAGCGCUGCUGCGAGUCGCUGACCGAGGAGAACCGCCGCCUGCAGCGGGAGCUGCAGGAGCUCCGCGCGCUCAAGUUCGCCCCGCCACACCCACAGGCGCCGCCGUCGUCUGCGGCGCCGCAGGCGGUCGCGGCGGCGGGCUUAGUGCCAACGGCGCCGCCGCCGCCGCCGUUCUACAUGCAGAUGCAGCUGCCGGCCGCCACGCUGAGCCUCUGCCCGUCCUGCGAGCGUCUGGCCGGGCCCGCCGCGGCCGCCAAGGCCGAGCCCGACAGGCCCAAGGCAGCCACCCACCACUUCUUCAACCCCUUCACCCACUCCGCCGCCUGCUGA